GGCGACGUAGGAUAGGAAGCUUUGACAGUGCUUUUCCAGCUCUCGAGGCCGAAUGAUCGGCAUUUUAGAACCCUAACUCAUAAUAUUUUAUUCUACUUAUCUUAAACUGUCUCUCUCUGUCUCUCUCCCAUUACCAAUCGAGUGAUACGAAUCGUCGAUCGUUUUAACAUAUCGCAUCGUCUUAAUCCUUGAAAAAGAAAAAGAAAAAACUUGUCAACAAAAAUCAUAACAAUAUAAUAUAAUAAUAAAAAAAAAACAAGUGUGAAAAAGGAGGAGAAUUCGAUCGGCAAGAAAUCAGAUUGAAUUCUCAUAAUGAAGCUUAUCUUUCUUUCAUGCUGUGCCAUCGUUAUUCUUCUUGGAUAUCAUGGUGCCAAUGCCAUAGAGUGUUACGUAUGUAACAGCAACGACGACAGUCGAUGCGCGGACGAGAAUCCACCUGACGCCUUGAAAAAAGAUUGCGGUGAUCUGAAGGAUGGUCCGAAAUUUACCAUGUGUCGAAAAAUUACCCAGGUCAUUGAGUUUAGCGUUAAUGGCCUGCCAGCUAAUACCCGAGUGAUACGUAGCUGUGGUUGGAUCGAAUCGAGUUACAAGGGAAAAUGUUAUCAAAGAAGCGGAUUCGGUGGCCGACAAGAAGUUUGUUCGUGUUUGCAGGAUUAUUGCAACGGUUCGACGACAGGUGCCGAUCAACCGCCGAAAUCGUUUAUCCUAUCGUGUGCACUAGGUGUCAUCCUACUUGCGAUUGCACGCAAUUAGAUCGACAAAUAUGACGAGUCCCUUCAUCGAUAUGAGUUUUUGUCAUUACCAUCACCAUCGCUACCACCACCACCACCACCGCCAACGAUGACACAAAUGACGACGAUGACGACGACGAUCACACAGACGAUUAAUAAUGGAGCACCGCAUAAUAAUAAAUAAACGUCUAAGCAUACGAAGAUGACGAUUAAAAAGAUCAUGCCGAUGAUAAAUGAAAAAUCUUCAAAUUAUAACAAAAUUCAAUUGAUAUUUACAAAAUUUGACCAAAGAUAUCAUCGAGGAGUGGGGGGAAGGAAACAAAAAUGUAAUUUUGUCCCCACCAUUCCUAUUAAAUGAAUUUAUAAGAAAAAUAAAAAACAGAGAAAAACAGGGGGGGGGGAAACAACUAAAAGAAAAGUAAUAAUAAGAAUAAUUGUGCGGUCUUUCCAUUGCCGUCUAUUCGUCGAAGGGCCGUUGAUUCUAGUUUUAGCGUAACGGGGUCCCAUGAAGCUAAUGAUAGAAAAAGAAAAAAAAAGCAAAAAGCAAAAGAAGUGGAAGAAAAAGGGGGAUUACGAGGGUCUUCUACAAAAUUUCGCGUAUUUCGAAUUCGCGAGAGAAUAAAUGAGAAGAUGUCAAAGUUUAUUCCUCACAAUUACGCCGAAGAAUAUUCGUUUGAUUUUAGAUCAAACGUUUGCUCGAGAGCUCGGCAUAGAAAAUAAAUAUAAUAUACACUAAUUUACAACAUACACACACACACAAACGUUUACGUACGAUUUUUUUUUAUUUCCGACGAGAUGACCCAAACAGAAAUGUUACCAAUCAAAAAAAAAUAGAAAGGGAGAGGGAGAGAGAGAGGGAACAAAUUUGUAAAUUCAUUUCCUCUAACACAAGUAUCUCAUUAAAUUAUUUAUAAAACAGACAAAAAUCUAAUUCUCAAAUAAUAAUACAAAAAAUGUAUGCAUUUAAUAGACGAUUUGUUUUACAUACGUAAACGUAUUGUUAUAUGUUACAUACAUACAUAAAUACACACACACACACACAGAGACAUAAUA